AUGGAUAAGGCACCAGACGCGAGUUUUGAAAAUUUACCGUCAUCCUCCCAUGAAGAACCUUUACCGGAAUAUCAAGGUUCCCUUCAGCGGUUCUCACAGGACUAUCUGAAACCCAAUCUGGGGUUGGUCUAUUUAAUAGCCGCACAGUUGUUCAAUUCGUUGAUGGUUGUUUCCACAAAAGUGUUAGAAACCGAUAAGACCAUUGAUCCUAAUACCGGAGACCCCUUGAAGCCCAUUAAACCGUUACAAAUCCUUUUGUCACGUAUGAGUAUAACUUAUGCAGGUGCUCUAUUAUACAUGUUAAUCAAUAGACGUUCAAUACCAGAUGCACCAUUUGGAGCUCCUGGAUUAAGGAUUUGGUUAUUCUUAAGAGGUGCUGUCGGAUUUUUCGGUGUAUUUGGACUGUAUUUUUCAUUAAUGUACCUAACGGUCAGCGAUGCUGUUCUGAUUACAUUUUUAACUCCGACCGUAACUGUAGUGUUAGCAGCUUUGAUCCUAAAGGAAAGAUUCACCAGGGCUGAAGCCGUCGGAACACUCGUAUCACUGUUAGGUGUCGUAUUGAUUGUAAGACCUUCUUUCCUCUUUGGACAACCCGAUGAUCCUGAUAAUUCACCUGCAGAAUCUGCAGAUCCAGCUAAAAGACUCUUAGCUACAUUGGUUGGAUUACUAGGUGUAUUAGGUGCAAGUACGGUUUACAUCGUGCUUAGAUAUAUCGGUGAUAGGGCCCAUGCUAUUAUAAGUGUUGCAUAUUUUUCAUUGACGGUUACUAUUGUAUCAAGUAUCGGCAUUUUAGUAAUACCGUCAAUGCAAUUUAGCUGGCCUCAUGGUUCUCGUCAAUGGUUUCUCCUGAUAAAUUUAGGGGUUUGUGGAUUCAUUUUCCAACUUUUAUUAACGAUGGGAAUUCAAAGAGAAAGAGCGGGACGCGGUUCCGCUAUGUCGUAUACCCAACUAGUAUACGCAGUGAUAUGGGAUGUCAUGUUAUGGCAUCACUGGCCAAGUAUGUGGUCAUGGUUAGGUAUGCUAGUCAUUGUUGGUGCAACCGUUGCAGUUGCACGCUAUAAGUCUAAGGAACCAAUUCCUGAACUUCCAUUAGAAGAAUCAAUGGAGUUAGAAGACAUUUAA